GCGCUUUAACAGAUCAGUGUCUCGCCGGGACCCGCAGAGCCAGUGGCAGAGGAGAGAGCGAGCUGUGGAUCCGCGCAGGGACUGAGGCACGCAGGACCCCAGGAUGUUCAAGAAAAAGGACAGCAACACCUUGAAGGUGUCGGGCAAGAUGAGCAAGGCCCAAGCCAGUGACCUGGCGCUGCUGAUCGCCCGCAUGCAGAAGAGCGCCGACCAGGUGGAGAGAGACGUUCUGUCUGCAGAGGAGAAGCUGAAAUUGGACAAGGAGAACCAGGUGAAGAGCCUCCCCUUCCAGCACCAGAAGGAGAACGCCGACAACCUGGCAGAGGCGGAGGGCCUGCUGAAGGACCUGUUCCUGGACGUGGACAGGGCCAAGAAGCUGAAGCACCCGCAGGCCAGCGAGAUCGAGAGCGAUGUCAGCAACCUCCACGACCGCUGGUCCGCCGACUGCAAGUUCUACCGCGAGGUGUACGAGGCCAAGAAAGAGAUCGGUCUCUCACCCAAAAUUGGCUGGGUGCAGAUCCUCAAUCAGAAACAGAGGCAGGUCAACAUAGAGGAAUAUGGCCCCGGGAUGCCAGAGCUGGAGAAACAAAUUGCCUCCCAUAACAUCCUGCACAAAGAGAUCGAAGCAUAUGGCCCCCAGCUGGACGGUAAUAGCACCAGCUCUCCGGAGGAGUUGGCAGCUAUUCAGAAGCAAUACCAGAAUCUCCUGGAAAACUCCAAGUGGCGGCGGCACUACCUGGGCAGCCUGUACGACUACAUGCAGGGCUGCACCAAGGAGCUGGUCUACCUGAACGAGCAGCAGGAGAAGAUCCUCAAGCAGGACUGGAGCGACCGCCUGACGGACCCCUCCGACAUCCGCCGGCAGUACGAGAACUUCAAGAACAACAGCCUGCUGGCCCACGAGAGUGAGGUGAACAAGCUGCAGGACGACGGGGACAGGCUCAUCGAGAUGAAGCACCCGGCCAGCCCCACCAUCCAGGCUCACAGAGACGCUGUGAGGAACGAGUGGCAGAGUUUCCUGAACCUCUGCAUCUGCCAGGAGACUCACCUGGACAAUGUGGAGGAUUACAGAAAGUACCAGGACGAUGUUGACACCCUGUUGGGGUCCCUGAAGAAGCUCAACGCCAGCCUGGACCCCAAGGCCCUCAGCAACAAGACCAACUCGGAGAUGCAGCUGCUGCUGGAGACCGAGGAGAAGACGGUGCAGCAGAGCGAUCAGCUCCUGGCUGACCUCAGGAAGCGCAGCACCAAAGUCGCCCCCCUCAAGCUGCGCCGCACGAGCCCCACCAAGCCCACCAGCGUGGAGUCCCUGUGCGACUGGGAGACGGAGGAGGCGUCAGUGACCCGCGACGAGAAGUGCACCCUGAAGGACAACUCCAGUGCCGAGAACUGGGUGCUCCAGUCCAGCAACGGACAGACCAAGACCCUGCCAGGGGUCUGCUUCCUCAUUCCUCCCCCGGACCACGAAGCCAUCGACAAAGUGGACCGGCUGGGCGUUGAGCUGGCUGAGCUGAAGAAGAAGAGGGCGGCUCUGCAGAGCUCCCUGAAGAGCCAGACGCUGGAGGGGGUCCGGCCGCAGAGAUCAGGGCUUGUGUCCAGCACCCCUGAAGACCCCAAGGUGAAGCAGCUGUCUGCCAGCCUCGAGCAGAUGGACAAGGAGCUGGCGCAGACGGAGAAGGACGUCCUGAGGCGCUUGCGGACACCCCUGGACCGAAGCUCCCCCUCGCAGGAUCUGGCCAACAGGCUGAAGGAGCAGGAGCGAGCAGCCAAGGCCCUGCAGGACCUGGAGAAGGUGAGGGCAGCCGCGCAGAGGGAGGUGCAGCCCCUGCUGGCCCAGCAGCCCAGCGGCCCCGCCCCAUCCCCACUGCCCCUCAAGCUCAGCAACGCCAAGAACAAGCAGGACGACAUCGCUGCCCUCUGCGACCUCUACACCAGGAAGGCCAAUGCUUCUAUGGAACUGGAGAACCAGAUUAAGAAAGUGGAUGGGAUUAUCGCUGGAUUCGAGAGCCGGCUGGCUAAGGACACAGGUGUGCCAGACACACCCAAUGCCAUCCAGACGCACACCCAGGACCUCCAGCGGAUGCGGAAGGAGCUGGCCGGGAAGCAGGACGAGCUGCAGAAGCUGAGCCGGGACCUGGAGACGACGGAGCAGCUGUGCAGCUCCCUGCAGAAGGGCUACCAGGAGUACUGCCCCGACAUCCGCCGCCAGGAGGCCGAGGUGCAGCGGCUCAAGAACCGCUACGCCAGCGUCAACAGCCAGCUGCUGCAGAGGGAGAAUCUCAUGCAGGAGGCCGCCAAUAAGAACCAGGCAUUCACGGGCACCACCCAAUCACUGAACUCCUUCCUGAACAGUCUGCCAAACAACAGGAUAAGCCCCGGUGACAGCCUCUCCCAGGUCAACGCCAAGCAGAGCUCCCAGAAGAGAGUGGUGGAGGACAUCAGGAGGAAAGGUGAUGACGUCAAUCGCGUUGUGGAUCUGUCCAACGACCUGCAGAGCGUCCUCAGUGAAUACGAGACGAAUUCCGACAAGUACCGUGGCACUCUGGACUCCACUGUGGGAAUCACAGAUGCGAAGAGGCUGCAAGCUUCCUCUCUGGCAGAUGCGGUGCAGAGAGAGGAAAAGGCCCUGGUGAACCGGUACGCUGAGGUGAGCGCAGAGAAUGAACAGAUGCUGAACCAGAUGGGUUUCGCUAAGAACAUCAUCGCUCAGAAUGAAGACAAAGUGAGCCAGGUAGUCGUGCAGCAGCAGCUACAGCAGAAGAGCAUGGUGGAGACAGAUAACCUCAAGAGCAUCCUGGCCGAAGAGACUUCCAGGCGUACCCGUGUGGAGAUGGACUUGGACAACUGCAUGAAGAGGAUGAUGUCCCUGAAGAGCAGAAGGGGCGUGGAGAGGUUGGAGGAGAAAGAAGUGGUGCAGUACUACCGAGACCCAAAGCUGGAGAGCGAGCUUGUGUCUCUGAGGAGCAGGGUCCAAGACGAGAGCUCCCGCAGGGCCAUAACCCAGACUGAGAUUGAGGUGGCCAACAAGAAGAUCAUCAGCGUGGAGCAGGAGCUGAAAACCAUCCAGCCCAAGCUCCUGACCAAGGAAGUGACCGAAAUUGAGAAAGAUCCCCAGCUGGACAUCGAGGCAAGCAGGCUGAGAGAUGACAUUCGUAGGAUGAAGGAGGAGGUGCGACUGAAAGAGACUGAUAUUGUUCACAUCAGAACGGACAUCUCCAUCCUGGAGAAGAAGCAGCCUAUUGUCAAGGAAAAGGUGGUGAAGAAGGAAGUGGUGAAGGUAGAGAAGAAUCCUGAGAUGCUGAGGGCUGUCAGAAGCUUUGAGAAUGAAAUCUCAAACGAAAGCCAGAGAUGCAAAUCUCUCAACGAUGAGAUCUUUAACAUCAGGAGCCAGAUCAACACGCUGGAGAGGAUUAUCCCCACAGUGCAGCCAAAGAUCAUCACCAAAGAGGUGAAGAAGGUUGAGCAGGACCCAGAGCUCAUCAAUGAGUCCAAGAAAAUCCGCACCCUCAUAGAGGAAGAGAGGAGCAUGAAUAACAACCUUUUUGCGGAGAUUUCAAAGCUUCAGCUCCGCUACAAUCAGGUGGACCAAACAAAACCCAAGGUGGAGAUCAAGGAAAUAAUCAAUGAAAUCUACAGAGUAGAUCCAGAGACGGAAGUUGAACUGGUGCGUCUGAGAAAGGAGCUGCAGGACUCCAGCAGGCGACGUGCAGACAUAGAGAAGGAAAUCAGCAUUAUCUUGGUGGACCUCCAAGCCCUGCGGUCCCAGAAGCCCAAAGUGGAGCUGAAGGAGGUGACCCAAGAGGUGAUAAAAGAGGAGAGAAGCCCAGAGCUCAUCCGGGAGUUGAGCAGGCUGAAUGAGCAGGUGACACAGCUGCAGAACACCUACAACAACACCCAGCUCCAGCUGCAGCUCCUGCGCAAGGAGAGGGAUGAGUGGAAAGUAGAGAAAUCCAAGGUGGAGACCAAGCUGGUCACCAAGGAGGUGAUCAAGUAUGAGAAUGACCCUCUUCUGGAAAAGGAAGCCAACCGGCUCAACAGGGAGUUGCGCGAGGAAGUCCAGCGUCGCAGAACAAUGGAGGAAAUGGUCUUUGACCUGCAGAACAAGUACAUUGUUCUGGAGAGGCAGAAGCCCGAGGAAAAAGUGGUGGUGCAGGAACUUGUACGUCUGCAGAAGGAUCCCAGGCAGAUAAUGGAGCAUGAGAAGCUGAGCAAGGAACUGGAUGAAGAGGUGAAGUCCAGACGGCAGCUGGAGUUGGAAGUACAGCAGCUAAUGGCCCUUGUGGAGGAAAAGGAGAAGCUUCUGCAGCAGCAGGAUGAGAGACAGAAGAAGAUCGCCGUAGAGAUGGAGCUCAGGCAGGUCAAAUCCCGAAUCAACGAGCUCGAGACCGCCCCACCACCCAUUGAGGAGAAGAUCAUCAUGGAGGAGGUCCUGAAGGUGGAGAGGGACCCCAAACUGGAAGCCGUGACCAGUGGCCUUCGGACAGACCUGGACAAGCAGAGGAAUGAAAUCAUGCGCCUAGAGAGGGAAAUCAGAAACAUCACCCUCAAGCUGGAGAUACUGCAGAGAGACAGGUCCGUUGAGAAGACGGUCUAUAAAGAAGUGAUCCGGGUGGAGAAGGACAAAAUGCUGGAGGGUGAGCGCUCCCGCCUCAGGGACCAGGUGAACCAGGAGAGAAAUGCCCGGCGGGACCUGGAGGAUGAGAUCCGGCGGCUCACCGAGAAACUCAACCGUCUCCAAGGAGCGAGAACCAACACUUCCCAGGAGGAGACCCUCCUCAUCCAGACUAAGGACUCCCUCCUGAGGGACAAGGAGAAAAUGAUCCGGGAGCUGAGGACGCUGGAGUCUGAGAGGCAGCACAUCAGCAUCAGCUUCCAGCAGCAGUCCAAGCUGAUGAGCGAGAGGACCCAGAUGAGUCGUCAGAAGAGCAUCAAGAUGGAUACCGACGUCAAGCGUCUGGAAAAGGAAAUCCUGGAUGAGAAGGACAAACUGAACAAGCGGGAGAUCACGCUGAGGGAGCUGCAGGAGUCUCUGAGGAAAGAAGACGCCAAGAACAGUGAGACCCAGAUGAGAGAGACCAAUCUCUCCACCAAAAUCACCAUUCUAGACCCAGAAACAGGCAAAGACAUGUCACCCUAUGAUGCCUACAUGCUUGGCCUGAUUGACCGCAAUCAGUACAUCCAACUGCAGCAGCUGGAGUGCAACUGGGAGGAGGUCACCACUACAGGGCCCGAUGGGGAGACCUCCGUGCUGCAGGACCGCAAGAGUGGCAAGCAGUACUCCAUCAAGGACGCCCUGAGAGACAAGAAGGUGACCCCAAUGGAGGUGCAGCUCUACAGGGAGGGCAAGAUUCCCAUCUCAGAGUUCGCCCUGCUGGUUGCUGGCGAAACCAAGAAACAGCCCCUUCUCAAUACCCCCCUCUCUGCACAGAGGUCCUCCUUCACAAGCAGCAGCUUGAAUGUGCUUGGCGGCGAUGAGAACUAUCCCAUCUCUGGAGCGAUUGACACCACCACCAAAAGCCGCAUGUCCAUCCGUAGCGCCAUGACCCGGAAGCUGAUUGACCCCAACACGGGGCAGAAGUUGCUGGAGGCGCAGGCGGCCACAGGGGGCAUCGUCGACAUCGCGAACAAGGACCGCUACUCCGUGCACAAGGCAGCCGAGCGCGGCUUCAUCGACACCACCAGUGUGAAUAGGCUUCUCAACGCCCAGAAGGCCUUCACUGGGGUGGAGGAUCCCAUGACGAAGGCGCGCCUCUCUGUGGGCGAGGCCGUGCAGAAGGGCUGGAUGUCCAAGGACAACGCCAUGCGCUACAUGGAGGUGCAGUACCUGACGGGAGGGCUGGUGGACCCCAAGCGGGCAGGCCGUAUCAGCGUAACGGAAGCCGUCAAUCAGAAGCUGAUCGACAGCGCCAUGGCAAAGGAGCUCCAGGACGAGUCCUGCUAUGCCAAGGACGUCGUGGACCCCAUCACCAAGCAAAAGAUCAACUACAAGGAAGCCAUGGCGCGCUGUCAGAAGGACCGCACUACCGGUCUCCUCCUCCUGCCCGUUGCCUCCGCCGACUCCUCCUACUCCAGUCCCCGAUCCUCCACUUACUCCUCCUACUACUGAGUGUGUACAGCCCCCUCCUCAGCCCAUGCUAACUCUGAUGGACCCUGUCCAGAAGCGAAACAUUAGCAAUACAGAGCGCACGUUUUUCAAGUGCCUAGAAAUCUACAUCAGUUUUUAUGUUAUUCACAAUGGACAUUGUCUACACGAAGACUCGCUUAAAAAUGUUUUCAAUAAGGAAAAAAAAAACUACUUCUCUCAGGAAAGCAUGGCUAACUAUACUCUGUCCUACUAUGCCUAUAAAUGUCCAAUAAUUGCUACUGGACUCACUAGAUGGUUUACUCUUCUUUUUUCUUUGCAUAGGGUGCUGAAGUUUCAUAAACCUCUUUAUUUUAUUUAAACGGAAUGAAAUGGUUUUGUGCUGCUGUUUGUCAUGAGACACGUGGUAGGAUCCACAGAUCUAGUAUUUAGAUCAUGUUAACAAGGCAGAUGGAUCUUGAUGCCUUUUUCUGCAGGAUUAUUAAAGUUGAAAUUAUGACAGUCUUUUAAUUUCUUGUAUCCUCCAUAUAGUCUUGUUUGAUAUUGUGGUCACUAUUAUUCUUUAUUAAAAUGUACCAUAAUGAGA